ACUUCUGCAACUCAUUACGCUGUUGCAAUUCAACUCCUGAGCCUCGCGCUUGAAAUGGGCGUGGUCAAACAAACACACACGGAACGGAGUAGGUACGUCGCGAGGGCUCGCGACAGUCAACAGAGCGGCUACGGCGCAAAAAAAAAAAGUGACAGAUACUGGACGCAGCGAGUGCGCAAAGCUGUGCGGAUGAUGCCUGAGGUUGCCUCCCGUUUCUAAGCCGCAGGUUUGCAACCUAAAAGAGAAGUGGACUUGGCAAGAUGUUGACGUAUCUAACUUUUAAAGCCGGGCCGGUACAUCUUCUGAAUGUGUUCCUGACGCGGCAGAGGUGAGACCAGAGCAUCAUGUUGGAGCCUCCGGAGCCUAGCCAGGAGGUCGUGGAGUGGCUGUCCACCCUCCGCCUGUCCCAGUACACCCCGUAUUUCCAGCAGGGAGGCUAUCGAGCUCUGGACGAUUGCAAGGACCUCACCGACACACAGCUCCUGGGGCUUAAAGUGUUUCCAACGGGCCACCGUAGGCGCAUCCUCCGAAGUUUGGAAGCACUGAGGGUGAAGGAGACGAGCGGCAGAGAGGAAGAUGGAAAGGGAGAGGCGGCGAAUGGGAUGCGCCGCAGGGGGCCCGUGCUGCACCCAAGACACAUCUUCCUGAAGGAUAAAAAGAGGGGGAAUACAUGCCAGCAUCAGCCGAAGGAGAGGAGGGAGUAUGAGUCGGAGGGGAGUCAGACUUUGCCCCCAGGGGCCGGACUGGGAACAGAAGGUGGGGACGCCCAAGAGAGUGGAUGCGUUCUCCCGCCUCAACCGGCCCCGCGCAAUCCAGCGAACAUCCAAAGAUCCCUGCCAGAACAUGUCCCCGCCUCCGUGUUCUCCAGCAGCAGAAGCAGCAGCAGUGAGUCCCUCUCCAUAUCUGAAGUCCCCUCAGACUGGGAGAUCUCCUCAGAGGAUCCCUCGCCGUCUAGCGCCGACUCUGUCCCCCAUACGGCUGAAGUCCCCCGCCCAGCACUCGCCGAGGACAAUUGGGUUUUUCAAGGCGACAUGGUGGAGAACUCCAUCUACGAGACACAGCCCAGUUUCAAGGUUCCCGAAGGCCCACAGCUCACUCGCUCCUACCGACUGAGGCACCGGCCCGUUCCCAAAAUCCCCAAUCAGACCACCCCGCCGCUUCAGGACAGAUUUCCCAUCUUCUUCAGGAGCACGCCACCGCUGCCGCCGCCGGUGCAAACCAGCAGCCCCGAACGCCCAACCGGCUCCCAAGGUCCCGCCGGUGCAAACGGCACACAGAAAGCUCCACUUCAAAGAACCUUGACGCCCAUCGCUCCCUAUGGAGAGUUGUUCCUGUACAACAACCCCGAAAGCACUGCGGACCAAGGUGCUAAAGAAGGGUUACAGAGGGGCUUUAAGGACAAGAUCAAACAGAAGAAACAGAGAAAGAAGAUGCCCAAACGGAAAAAAUCCAAGGAAAAAGGUCCUCCCCCUGCUCCAGCAAUCCCAGACCCCCACAGAGACGAGUACUCGACGGUGGACGAGUGUGUCGGCUUUUUGCCGCGAGCCGGUUCGAACCAAAGUUCUCCGGUGAACCCGGAGGGUGUCGCCGUGGGACCAGGGGCCUCCGGCCCUCAGGACGGCUCUUUAAUGAUGGUGGAGUGUGACCUCUACUCGGGCCCCGCCGACGCUCUGGGGGGCGUGGCCAGCAGUGCGCUGCCGGACAUUUCUCCAUAUGCAUGCUUCUACGGAGCCCCCAAACACCAGGUGCUCAAAGUGGGCUGGCUGGACAAGCUGUCGCCUCAAGGGAAAUGUGUUUUUCAAAGGAGGUGGGUGAGGUUCGACGGAGAGAGUCUGGCCUACUACAACAAUGACAAGGAGAUGUACUCCAAAGGUAUGAUCCUGGCCAGCGCCGUCAGACAGGUGCGAGGACUCGGGGACAACAAGUUUGAGGUGGUCACUGCCCUUCGGACCUUCACGUUCAGAGCUGACAGAGAAGGGGAGCGCCAGGAGUGGAUGGAAACUCUUCAGACGGCCACGCGCCCCCCCGCCUGCGGCGCCCAGAAGCGCUCCGACAGCCUCCCCCGCCCCUCCUCCACAAACAAGCGAGGCUCGCUGGAGCUCCGCGGUUACAAAGGCAGAGUGCUGGUGUCCCUGGCGGGGAGUAAAGUCAGGCUCUGCAAAACAGAACAGGACUACAAAGCGGGCCUGGCUAUUGCUGAGGUGGAACUGACGGCCGCCAACAUUAGAGACGGGGACCGCCGGGGCUUUGAAAUCAACACACCCUUCAAGAACUUCUGCUUCACGGCCGAGUCAGAACGCGAGAAGGAGGAGUGGAUUGAAGCGGUCCAGGAAUCGAUCGCCGAGACACUCUCUGACUAUGAAGUGGCGGAGAAGAUCUGGUUCAACGAGGCCAACAGGAGCUGCGCCGACUGUCGCGCCCCGCGACCGGAGUGGGCGUCCGUCAAUCUGGGCGUGGUCGUCUGCAAAAAGUGUGCAGGGCAACAUCGCUCCCUCGGCCCGUGUAUCUCCAAAGUGCGGAGCUUGAAGUUGGACAGCAGCAUCUGGAGCAAUGAGCUGGUGGAGCUCUUCCUGGAGGUGGGGAACAAGAACGCUAACAGUUUCUGGGCGGCUAAUCUUCCCCUGGAGGAGGAAGUCCACAGCGGGGCUUCGGUGGAGCAGCGCGCCUCGUUCAUCCGCAGGAAGUACAGGGAGAGGAAGUACCGGAGGGUGCUGGAGGGCUUUCAGGACCUGGAGCAGCUCAACCAGGCACUGUGUGCAGCGGUGGUGUUGCCUGACGUGCUGCAGACCAUGGCGCUGGUGUUCAGUGGGGCAGAUGUUAUGUGCGCCACUGGGGAUCCCGCCUCCUCAACCCCGUACCUCUUGGCCCAACGUGCUGGACAGAGGCUGCAGAUGGAGUUCCUGCACCAGAACAAACUCUCUGACUUCCCCAGGCUGGAGCAGUGGUCGGAGAGCCCUUCCCUGUCUGACGUAUCCCUCUUCAUGGAUGGCUUCCUCUACAUCUCCACCGGGCCAGCCAAGACGACGCUGGACCGCCGCGGAAGAGAUGACAUGGCCCAUCGUUGGUGUACUUUAGAGGGCGGCUUCCUGAGUUACUACGAGAGCGAGCGUAGCCCAUCGGCCAUCGGCCGGGUGGACGUCUCCGAGGUGGUCAGCCUGGCUGUCAGCAACACAGAGACGAUGACCGGAGCUGGGGCCGUGUUCACCGUCGAACUGUACCUGCAAUCGGAGCGAGUCCUGAUUGUCGGGGCUGAAACACAGGAAACGCAGCAUGACUGGAUCCAGGCGCUAACAAAGUGCUUCGUCCCGGCUAAAGUCGAGGGACUGCUGCAGAGAGACGUCGAGCUGAUUGGCAGACUGCACUACAAAGAAGGCCAUGACCUGUACCACUGGAGGGUGGGCUGGUUCGUGCUGGAAUGCUCUGCCCUGCACUUCAGCUCAGGGGAAGAGGAGGGAGAGGAGGAAGUCCUCCAACUCAAACAGCUACAUGAGCUCACUGUCUCCAUGCAUACAGAGGGUGAGGACAAGAUCCAAGUCCUGCUGAUGGUGGAGGGAAGAAGAACCGUUUACAUCCACGGCUUCACCAAGAUGGACUUUGCGCUGUGGCUCUCUGCCAUCACGCUGGCUGCUGGCACAGAUGGAAAGGCGCUCAGCGACCAACAGCUGACUAAAAACGGCAUCCCUAUUAUAGUCGACAGUUGCAUUGCUUUUGUCACCCAAUACGGUUUGUGCCAGGAGGGCCUCUACCAAAGGCCAGGGGACCCUGGUCGGGUGGCCCUGCUCCUGGAGGAGUUCACGCGGGACGCCCGUAAUGUAAAGCUGAGGAAGAAGGAGCAGCAGCUGGAGGAUGUGACCGACAUCCUCAAGAGCUUCCUGUCCCAAGCAGAGGACGCACUGCUGACCAAGGAGCUCUAUCCUUACUGGGUGUCAGCUCUGGACGAGGAGGACGAGAGGCAGAGAGUAAAGAAGUACUCCACUUUCAUCGAGAGUUUGCCAAAGAUAAACAGGUCAACCCUUGAUGCUGUGCUCCAACAUCUGUACAGGAUUCAGCAGUGUUCCAACCUCAAUCACAUGCCCAGCGUAAAACUGGCCUCCGUCUUCUCCUCCUGCUUGUUCCAGACUCGGGGACAAACCCCGCAGGAAAUUAGAGUCGUCCACGACCUCAUCAGCAACUACAUCACACUCUUCAGUGUCAAUGAAAGCCGCGUGCAACAGAUGGAGAGGGAGAACAGCUUCAUCACCCGCUGGAACGAGAAGAAGGACGCCGCAGUAGGUCGAGCCGCGCAACCCAAAUGGAAAGCGCCAAUGGGUGCUCCGUUUGUUUGUCUGUCUGUGUGUAUUGAUUUGCCUGCAUGCUUCGGGGUCUCUCAAAUAAGGGAUUCAUUUGAACAAGUUUCGUGUUUCUCUCGCUAAGGGAAGGGGGUGAGGGGAGGGCGGAGGAGGCAGGAGCAGGCGGGUGAGGGGAAAAACAGUGCUUUGUUCCUGUUAACCUUUACAGCAGGUACUCUCUGCCUGGAUGCCUCAGCCGAGAAAAACAUUUGGUUCAGAUAACUGGGGGGGAAGAAAAAAAAUGAAUCACACACCGCUGCCCUUGUUGAAAUCUGAAAUAAGCUGUUUAUGCCUGCCCCCCCCCCCCUUCUCUCCACCUUGUCCGCAUGCUUCCGGAACAUGCCUGCUGCUGUGGGUCACGAGGGUUACUCAGUGGAAAGCCAGUGCUAUUACAAAGCUGUCGGAGGUGAAAAUUGGGACAUUUUGAUUAUGGACACGAAUUUGAGGACUUUAACCUCAGACUCUACUACGGUAGAAAAUAUAGUUUUAUCAUCAGGAACAAUCAUUUAGUAUAAUUGCAAGUCAGCAUGGAGAAAAUGUCUCUGUUGAGAUAAUGGACAAGCUUAUUUUAGGGAUGAUUUAACAUGUUAGCGAAGGGAAACAUUGCUGAAAGUCAUUAAAAUGUUCCAUUCAUCACCUCCUUUUUACCGAGGACUUAUUUGUUUUGUCGUAUUUCCAUAGUUUAUAUCCGUUACGAUAACCUUUCCCUCACUGGCUUCAUGCCGAAAGCCCCCGACUUUGCCACGAUGUCUGCAGAGCUGCUGUCUCGUAACU